AAAAGCGACACCGUUCCCUGCGCUCCCGUGCGUCCGCUUGUACAGUCAUGCUCCUACGUGGCAUGUGACGUCAUUAUUUCACAGUCCCGUCGUGACGCGUGGCCAAAAAGUGCCCCUUCUCCGACUCUCCCCCUCGUCUAGCCAUCCGUCACGUGCAACCCAUACGUGGCGACGUCUCCCUCGCCUUGAUAGAACGCCGUCAUUGCAUCCAACGGCCCAUAAUCGUCAAACUGUGGGGCUUUGGGCUAUAUAUAAGAACGAAGUCUACAGCCCGUUCUUAUCAUCACGGAGAGAGUGAUACGGUUCUCGGAAGUCAAACCGAAGAAAGGUAUCUCACAAUGAAAGCCGUUCUUCUCCGCACCAGUUCGGCGCCGGUCCAGUCCUGGAUCGGUGCCGGUUCGCCGAGAGUUAUUCGCGCCGUUCAUGAUCCCUCGGCUGGAGUUUUCUUCAGCGAAAAGAAGUCCGUCGUUUCGCCCAGGGUUUCGCUCCAGUUAGAGAUCAACCGCGGCAGAGAUCAUCCCGCGGCGAGGAGCAUCCGACGAGCUUCGUCGGAGAACGAGUCUGCUUCCAGACUUAGGAGGAUUGGCGGAGCCGGAUCUGGGUCCGUCACGGCGAGGAUACAAGAGCAUAGAGUUGACGAGGAUGAUGAUGAGGGACGAUCGGUGGUUUUGAGGAGUCGAGCUUCUGAUAGUGUGAAUUACGCUGCGAAUUGGACAGAAAUCGGAAUUCCGUUGCACGAGCUGGGAUUUGGCGGGUGCGGAAGCGGCGGCGGCGGCAGCGGCGGCGGCGAAGUCCGCAGCGGUAGUUAUGGUGGCGGCAACGCUGAUAAGAGUAAGAUCGGCGCUUACUAUAGACAAAUGUUGAAGGCUAAUCCUGGGGAUUUUCUUCUCCUCCGGAACUAUGGCAGGUUCUUGCACGAGGUUGAGAAGGACGCGGUUAGAGCAGAAGAGUACUACGGAAGGGCAAUACUGGCGAGUCCAGGAGACGGCGAGGUCUUGUCUCUAUACGGCAAGCUGAUAUGGGAGACGCAGAGUGACGAGGGCAGAGCCAAAUCGUACUUCGAGCAGGCCGUCCACUUGGCGCCUGACGACUGUAUGGUGCUGGGGUCGUACGCCCACUUCAUGUGGGAAGCUGGGGAAGAAGAAGGUGGUGAUCAAGAGGACGGUGGCGAUCAGAUCGGGAGGCAAGCGGAGGCGCCCUCCACCAUGAUUGAAGCUUUCUAGAACUCUGUUUCAUAAUCAUCACCAUCAUCAUCGACAUGAUACCACUUAGCAUUAUCGCAAUAAUAACGAAAAUAAUAAUUAGCAUAUGGCAAGUUUCCGCGUUCCUGAUUAUAAGUUCACCACUUGACAGGCGUCACCAUUGUAAGCUUCGUAACAGCUACAGAGUAGCUUUUGUCUACUUGGAAGUGUAGAGAGAGAGAGAAAGAGAGAGAGAGAGCUGCCUUUUUUAUUUUUUUUGUACAGUGUAAGUCAUCUUUCCUAUAUGAGAUAAUGUGAAGCUCACUGUGGGUUCAAUAUUAUAAUAUAUAGAUAGAUGGAACUA